AUGUCACGUGCCACGUGUUCAGACGAGAAAAUCCACUUCCGGGUACUGUCUGAAGGCCCCGGCGGGUGCGAGGAGCCCUACAGCAGGAGUCACCACCGAGCCAGAGGCGCGUCCUCCUCCCUCUUCCACAUCGGGCGUCGCAGUGGCGCCCUCGCCACCACGGCGCCCCUCGAUUAUGAGGCCCACGCACAGUACGCCGUGCGCGUGUCGGCGAGCAGCAGCAUCGGCAGCGCCGUGACCUGCGUCAUCGUCAAGGUCCUCGAUGACAACGACUUCCCUCCAGUCUUCGUCAGGUCAUAUUACGAGACACAAAUAACAGAAGAGGAUGACAGAAACCUGCCAAAGCCAAUCCUUCAGGUGGAAGCUGAGGAUGGCGAUGCUGGACGAUGGGGCAUUCUAACGUACAGCAUAGCGGGGGACGGUGUUCCCUCUAACAGUCCCCACGAUCCUCUCAACCCCAGUAGACAGUCAUCUGAUAUUACUUCAAACACAAGCGUAUCUUCGAACAGGGAAGCCCUACUCUCACCUGCAAGCAAUGCUAGCAACAAAAUUAUGAUGAGUUACUCAUACCCUGAAGAUUACUUUGACACCAAAGGUUACACUGAUUUUAUGGGCACCACAAUCCCUCUGGGUUCAUCUGAUAAAGUUAGGUACUCGGACCCGAUACGUGACUCUGAUCGUGCGAGCAGCCUGCACGGUUUGAGAAGCUACAGCCCGACGCGAGGCUCGACGCUCGACACGCUGGCGCUGCUGGAGUCGCCCGUGUACCGCUCACGCAAGCCCGACUACUCGGUCCUACCUUCCUUCACUGUACACCCGCGCUCCGGGGUCGUCUACGUAAUGAAGCCGCUGGAUCGGGACGGGCCACUGGGGUCGUCCCGCUGGCAGUUACGGGUGACAGCGAGCGACGGCGGCCGUCAAGCACACACCCGUCUGCUCAUCAACCUCAAGGACGUCAACGACAACCCACCCGUUUUCCCGUCACGUGUCGUGCACGCCGCCGUGCCUGAGAACUCUCCGCAAGGCACGGCGAUCGUGACGGUUACAGCGCACGAUGCUGACGAGCCACUGGAGGGCCCCGCACCACAAUUGGUGUACACGCUGCAGAAGAACGUCAUCGAAGAGACGUCGGGCCGAGCCAUCUUCACGGUAGAGAGAGACUCGGGCAAAAUCAGCACGGCCGUGUGUUGUCUGGACCGUGAGCGCACCGGCACCUACACCCUCCUGCUCGCUGCCACAGACGCCGGCGGGCUACAGGGAAGUUGCACGGUGGUGGUCGAGGUACGUGACGUGAACGACGUGCCUCCUCAGUGGGCACGUCGCGAGUGGGCCGUGUGGGCAGUAGAGGGCCAGCCCGCUUCUGCCGUCCUCGCCACCCUCCCCGUCAAUGACCCUGACCGAGCCAACGAGCUCGCCUUCAGGGUUGUACCAGACUCAGGGCCUGGGUGGCAGCUAGCGCAGUUGACGCCUCAGGUGGAGGGCGCGAUGCUCGGGGGGAGGAGGGCGGCGGUUCUGAGAGUGCGCGAGCCUCUGGACUACGAAAACCCGCGGCACCGCGCAGGCAUCAGCUUCAGGGUACAGGUCACGGACCAGGUGAGCCUGCCUUGUGUUUCAGCCAGCCUGCUGUACCAGGGCUCGUCGGGCUGGAGUGACCACGAGCGCGUUGGUGAGGCUCGCGUCAUCCUGCGCGUGCUGGACGCCAACGACAACGCGCCGGUGUUCGUACGGCAGCCUCCCCACACGGUCACCGUCAGGGAGGACCUCCCCGUGGGCAGCGUCGUCGCCACCCUGCCUGCUGCAGACCUCGACGCUGGGUCCGGAGGCCUCAUCAGCUACGGCGUCACUGCAGAGGGCAAUCUCGGCGGGACCUUCGCCGUCGACACGCAAGGCACCGUACGCACGGCGCGCCUGCUGGACCGCGAGACACUGGCCACCUUCCGCCUCCUGGUGGUGGCCUGGGACAGCGGCACCCCUCCCCUCACCACCACCAGCACCGUCACUGUGUCAGUAGAAGAUGUGAACGACAACCCGCCGUUCCUCGUGAGCCCCUCCAUCGUCUCCAUUGCUGUGACUGACUUGAAAGAACGAGAAAAAGAUCCAGCGGCUGCCUCCACCACGGCAUCUGAUAUUCAAAUGCCAUUUGCACCAGACGUUGACUGGGAAAAGCUAUUGAAGAACGUUCAAAAUAUCGGAGGAGAUUUUUCUCAUCUAAACGAAAAAUACCUCGCUUCUUUCACGAGCACGCCAGAACUAAAACGUGAACAAGAACCUGAGCUGAGCAGUAUAAACGAAGCAGAAAAAACCACGACAUUGCUGAGCUCGGCAUCUCCUCUACAAACAGACAGAGGGACACCAAAAUUUCCUGUUGGUGAGAUCAAAAACAACAGGUUGCUCCUAAAUUUGACUUUUGGUGACUUGGACGAGUGGGCAGUGGGAAAUGGACCUCCUUUUUCUGUGAUGUUGGAUCCAGCAGCGAUGGAAGACCUGCGCGGCAUUGCUAACGUCUCUUUUGCGGACGGUUAUGUUCCGUACAGCAGUGCAGCGAUGCAGUCUGACCCUCCAAGCAGUGCUGCCGGCAAGGUGGUGGUCGUACCCACGACGGUACAGCUGAUGAGGGACUGGGAGCAGCAGACAGGCGUGCUGCUGCUGCCUGUCGUCGUCAGCGACGCAGCUCCUGUCCCUCAGUCAGCUACUGUCACCCUGACGCUGGCUCCACAGAGAACCCCCACCUACCUCAACCGUACCAUCGUGCUGACACUCAUCAAGGACAGCCCCCAGGAGCAGGAGAGGUGUGACCUGGGCCUGGUGCUGGGAGAUGCGACACCCGCCUUCGGGGUGUACCACUGGGCGGCCCCCCAUCCCUUCCUCUACCUUGAUCCGCACACCGGGGCCUUGUACCUACUGCAGGGGGCACAGAUGCUUACGUUGUCAGGUACGCUGGUAGUGCAGGAGGCAAGUGCAGGAGCAACGGUGCAGGUGGGGAUCACAGUGCAGGUGCGCAGGCUGCAUGUUGGAGACCUGCAAGCAAUGAUCCCCUUGGACAUCGCGGCUCCCCCGAGAAGCCUCUUCUCUACCGCCUCCCUCAACGAGCCGCUGACUGCCUUGCGGAAGCUGACGGCGUCCAUUCAAACCCUGCCGCAAAACUUCGAUGAUCUGGAGCGUCUUAUUGACAGCGGAAACAAAGAAAGAAUUAGCAACGGCGAACAGAGCAGCAAUAAUAGCAGAAAAACAAAUUUGAAAACUACUGUAGACAUCAGUGGACGAGGCGUCAAAGGUAGCAAAAAGAGCGGCAACAGUAGCAGCCGCGGCAACAGUAGUAGCAGCAGCAGCAAUAUCAGCAACUCCGCACAUCUCAGGACAAUUGAGAGCGGUACAGAAGACGUCUGGUAUGAGCAAAAUGUCGUACUCGUCAGCGUCGAACAUUUACUGGACGACCUCGAGACGAAAGACCAACCAAAAACCGCAGAUAAAACCAGACUAUGGCUCGCGUCUGACAGUAAAUUUCUGAAGCUCGGAGUGAUGCUUCACGACAGAAGAAAAGUGCUGUCAUCCGUGCUACGUGCGUCAGUGACGGGUGUAGGCAUGUCAGAAGUUGGCGGGUGUAGCCGCGACGUAGGAGGUUGCGCGUGCUGCUGCAACAGCCACGUAACACUCGACGGUCACGUCUACACAGACGUGUCAGCCGCAGCAACAUUGGUCAGCCCUAGGUUCGUGAUCACGUCUUACUGUGGCUGUCAGCCAGACGUUGCUCCCGCUAAUGCUGCCAAUCAAGCGAAAAAGCAUCCUGCCCGAGGGGAAAAAGUUGCCGGAACAUCAGAAAGUUUUAAAGACCACGAUGCCUCGAACGAUCAGCGAGAAGUGACAGCGCACAGAGGAUCCAAAGAAUCAUUUGAGGUUAGCGGCGCUCCACCAGCUGCGUUCCCGGUGAUUGGAAACCCAAGACCUUCGUGCGAGGCCAAUUUCUGCCUCAACGGCGGCAGGUGUUUGGCCGUCCCGCAGCGUCAACCGAGAUGUAUUUGCCCUUCUUACACGUAUGGAUCUCACUGCAAGAUCCUGCAACGGCAGUUUCUGUCGCCCCUGAAAGAUCUUCACGGGGCCACUCGAUCCAAUGACAGAUCUCAAGACAAAAGCUCUGGAACUUCUGGGGUAGCGUUCACUCAAACGAACAGCUCGUUCGGUGGCCACAUACAUAAAGGUUCAGCGGAGUGGAAGGAAUCCACGUUGCUGGUGUCAGCGCUGCCAAGUUGUUCAUCUCUGUUUAUUAGCUUUUACUUCAUCACUCACCACAGAUCUGGCCUUCUCCUCUUUGCUGGAGUGGAUGAGAAGUUUUUGGCUGUUCAGCUGCAACGAGAGAGUCUUCAGUUGCUACUGAAGUCACCAAAUAAACACAAGAUAAUUUCAACAAGUUUGAAAAGCCGAACUCCAUUGAAUACCGGCGUGUUGCAUCGCGUAGAUUUCUGGUGGAAAAAUGGAACGGCCACUCUGAUGCUGGAUCUGUGCCGGUCCAACGAGCAAGAGAUUCAGCAACCACUUCAAGAACUCCAGCAAAAUAGCUCUAAAUUGGACUCUUCAGCGCGCCUAGAAAUCAUAUCAACGCAUUUCCGACAGCCAUUGACGGACUCUGAUAGAGUCACUAAAACUUCAAAACGCAAAGAAUAUUUCCGGACUAAAACCGGCUCAGAUUUCAUCACAUCGUCUGAUGACCCAAAUAGAGCCGAUCUCGACGAAAAUGCUGAAUUAGAUAUAUUUUCUUCCGAGUGUAGAACAGACGUUCAUUUGGGGAUGGAAAACUCUCCCGUGAGAGCUGGAGCUCCAGUGCAGCUCGGAGGUAUUUCACUUGAUUUAUUCUCCGAUCGCAAUGACAAAAAAGAAAGGGAAAAAUUCCAUUCUGCUCAAGUCUUCAGAGGAUGCAUCGCCCAAGUGCGGGUCAACUCGGAGCUUCUAGAUUUGGGGGAGAGCGCAGUUGUGGGCUCUAGAACGACAGUGGGCUGUCAGUUAUCUGAUCGCUGCAGCAAUUCGAGCGUCACUUUACAACCGAACGAUUUUUACGACCAUACCGAAUCGAUGCACCGGCAUCCACACACGAGGCGACUAAUUCCGGUGCUCUUCUGGUCCAACUUUAACGCUUCUGACAAGUGCCAGUACUGCUCAGAAGUGCGAUCUUCUUGCUUGUCAGAUGAAUAUGGACACAAAUGCGCUCGGAAAGCGAAAAAGAAUAGUCUUGAAGAUUCAGUGUUCGCAUCCUGCCACUCUGAACCUCCACGUGACGGCUCGACUAUUCACAUAGGCCAACACAGCGCCCUUCACUACGCGUUGUCUUUCGCGCCGCCUACACAAUCCUCAUCUCUUUCGUUGAGCUUCAAGACGUUGUCAGCAGACGGUCAGCUGUUGUCCCUUACGUCGCGACACUCGCGCGACUCACUGAGCCUGUACAUGCGGGGAGGCCGACCGUGCGCUUCACUCUACCUCCACUCGUCCGGACACCUGGAGAGCGUGUGUCUCAAGCGCCCUCUGUAUGACGCGCGUUGGCAUCGCUUGAGGCUUAACAGACAUGGCAGAGUGCUGGAGCUUGCGGCUGACGACACGGAUGACGGUCUGUACGCUAUAAGACGCCCACCAGAUGCUGCUGACGCUCAUGACCGUGGCCGCUUGCAAGUGCACCAGCAAGAGGGAGUCGUGCUGGGCGGGCUGUCAUUGCUACAGGGAGUCUCAGGCACUCAAAAUGAGUACUUUGAAGGCUGCUUGCGCGAUGUGAUGUACGAGGGCCGUCGUCUGCCUCUGGGGGACGAGCGUUCGCGGUGGGCGGCCUUGACCGUAGAGCGCAACGUGACGGUCGGCUGUGCCGUGACGCUGCCGUGCAUUGACCAAACCGUGCCUAUCAGAGCGACCAGGAGUUCCAAACUUCACGUCGAGUCGAGGCUCGGGUCUAGUGGCUUGCUGGCCUCGCGAGACACAUUGCGCUCAUCGACCCAGCCGCUGCCGGACAGCAACAAAAACUUCCUGUCCUGCGACGCGCCCUUUGUCUGCGCCAACCACGGCAAUGAAGUCUUUUGCAGCUGCCCUGAAGGCCUGCAGGUGUCCAGGGAUGGCCUGCGCUGCCUGGAUGUGGACGAGUGCUUCUGGCGCCCUUGCCUGGCAGGGGGUACCUGCCACAACCUGCCGGGAGGUUUCAGAUGUGAAUGUCCCUCUGGCGCGCGGGGGCCGUACUGCGAGGAGGCGGCGGAGAUGGAAGGAGGCGUUCUGCUCCCUCCGCCAUCUCUGCUGCUGCUGGCGCUGGCGCUCUCGUCCGCUGCGGUGCUGCUCUGUGUGUUGGUCUUCGCUCUGUGUUUUGCUUGCCACAAAAGACGGGUCAAGUCGAGCGGUCGAGACCAGGAGCUGCCAUCAGCUGAUCUCGAGUUGCAGGAUCAUGGCGGCACUGACGCGUGCCUCCUCGCCACUGAUUUUGUCAACAUCGGUGGACCAAACUUACAAUUUGAAUUACAAACUGACAGACGGAAAGACGAUUACAGCAAACUUUGCAUUGGAGCCAAGCUAAAGACCAUUGCUUCUACUCUGGGCCGUAAUGCUGGUGAUGCUGCUGGUGAGGUCGGCUGUGCAGAUUGUGCUGAUGCAGUUAGUGUCCCUGCAGUCGCUAAUGCAGAAGCAAGUUUACGGUCUCCGACAGGAAGCGUGACUCGCGCGCCCCUGACAGAGGUCGCUAACGUCGCUCUUCCUCUCCAGGCGAUGGCUCUCGACGUCGGCUCGCUGCCACGACCAACGUCCCUUACAAAAAACGCGGCGAGCAACAAGCGGGUGUCGUGGGCGCGGGCCGAGAGUUCAGCUGCUGGCGACGGGGACCCGGCGACGUCUUCGGACCUCGCGGCGCUCGACAGCAGGAAAGUCUGCACAGAUUUUUGCUUCGACGGUGGAGGAAAAAGCUGCUGAAAUUAAAUAGCAAGAAACUUAAAAUCCAUUACUAAAUCCUCAAAGCGUAUAAUUAAUGUUUAUUAUUUGAUCAGGCAAUAACUGAUUGGGCUGUUUUCUAAACAUGUUAUCAACCGCAAUAUCACAACUGAACUCACAUAACGAUUAUAAUUUGUUUUAAUUUCUUUUGUAAGCUAGCUAUGAAUUUUGUUUUAAUUGUAAGAAAACGGAAAAUGUUAUCUUCUCUGUUCUAUGUACAAUUAUGUAUAGGUUCUAUAUGAAUAUGGAUAUGUUCUAUAUAAUUAUGUAGGUAAAUUUUGACGAAUAAACAAGUCAGGGAAAAUAUAAUAGUCGGCGAAAGAUUAUACAGAGCAUUGUCUGUAAAGGCUUGCUGAGCUCUCGUUCUUAAAAUUUGUAGUUUUAUCGGCACUUCUUUUGUGUAAAGUUUUGUAUGCAAUGUAAGUUUUUCAUUAGAUUCUAUUCUAUUCCAGUUAGUUUGAAUAUGUUUUGAAAUAAUUUUUUGAAAUUUUAAGUUAAUUUCAGAUAAAGCAACUCGAGAUUGCUUACGCUCUAAAGAAGCCCCAUAUUGUUCAGUCCUUUGUUGAUCAAUGUUUUUGGACGCGCCGAAGAAAUCGGAAAAGUGAAACGAAGCCUUUAACGGUAGGCUACAGCUCGCUUUGCUCUAGAAAUAUCGGUAAUUAAGGUAUUCUUAAUGUAAGUUUCACUCGAAUUUUCAAUUAACUCAUGAUUAUACCUUAUGCACUCUGUGGGUUGAAUUUAAUAAUUGAAAUUAAUUACUUCUGUUCAGAAUUACAGUGUAUUCGUCAGCACUCUAAAUUUAACGUGGCAUUGUUACUUUUUGUAUUCAUCCGCUAUAAUGACUUGAGCUUUCUUCACCUACAUGUUAUGAAUGUGAAUAAAAUUGGUUUACCAUCCUUCUUUACCAUUCCUAAAAUCGAUAU